AUGGCGACAACCUUAAUGAACAAGAAGUACGAUGCCGACCCUCCUCCGCCACCCAAGCAAAUUCGUUUCGUCAACAACCAGGGCCAGCCUCCCUCGAAGCGCCGUCGAAUCACUGCUGCAUGUCUAACAUGCCGCCGACGAAAAACGAGAUGCGCCGGCGAGCGACCCAAGUGCUCUACGUGCACAAAGAACGGGCACAAAUGUCUGGGGUACCCGGAAGAGAAGAAAGAGGGAGGUGAUACGGGGGACGGCAAAGUCGACUACGAGGAGAGGCCCGACGUCGAGGACAGUAUUGAAGAGGACGACAAGAAGCCAAAGAAGCUGGCCAACAUCAUCACCACGCAACAGUCGCAUCGCAGGUCCGGCCCUGCCUCGUCGCCGCAAUCAAGUACCCGACCGUUCGCGAACCAACAUGGCAACGCAGUGUCUCCGACGGUGCCCAACAAAGCGUCGGCAUCACCCACGAUGCUAACCGCGCCGACAGCUGCGAGCUCAGCCCAACCCAUGCCGGCUCAGUCGAUGGCGACGCACAACUCCCUCACAUCGGAAGACCCAGGGUCCCCAAGCAUGCGCCGGAGCAUGAACCACAGCCAUCGGGUGCCAUACUUCCGUUACUUUGGCCCCACGGCCAUCGUUCCGGGAUUCAAGCAGAUGGUUGUAUCUGUUCGGGACCGGCGUCGCUCCACCAAUGGCUCACACUCGGGUGCGUCGCCGCUGUCGAACCCCAGCGGCAUCAUGGGGAGCACCUCGGCCGCCGACAGCGACGUCAUUCUAGAUGACCCUCCGAUAUACGACCCGAACGACCCCGGGCCGGUUAAUCCCUUCAUCCUGAGCCUGGCCAGGACGUUCUUCCUCCAUCUCGGGUGCAACUAUCCAUUCUUACAAGAACGAAACUUCAUGCGACUGGUCAGGGAGAAACGGGCCGAACCGAUUCUAGUCGACGCCGUGUGCGCGCUGGCAGCACGUUUCUCGGACUCGCCCAUCCUCACCGGCGGCAACGAGAAAAUGCCCAAGACGGAGCGAGGACAAGCGUAUGCCCAUCGCGCAAAACGGGCGACCGUCGACACCUUCCCCUGCCCAACUGUCGCUGCUGUUCAGGCAUGUUUGCUCAUGGCUUACGAAGGAUUCGGUGCCAAUCAGGAUAGUGCCCUGUGGAUGUACCUUGGCCUGGCCAUACGAAUGGCGAUAGACUUGGGGUUGCAGAAGCGAGUGGGUGUUCAGUACCAGGGCGAGCAUGAUCCUUGGAACACCCAGCAGCGCACGCGAAAUCUUCUUGGGUACAUCACCCCUGACGACUCCAAACCUCAGAGCAAUCCGCCCUCUCAGGAGGAACAAAGGGAGCUAGAGCAAGAGCGCAUUGAUACUUUCUGGACUGUGUUUGUCUUGGAUAGAUUUAUCUCUUCCGGUACCGGUCGUCCAGUAACCCUGCGUGAGGAUGAUUAUGAUCUCCAAGUGCCGGAGCUGGGGCUUCUGCCCGGAACUGCGUGGCCGAAUCCCUUCCCCGUGUUCCUCGAGAUCAUCCAUCUGUAUGGCCGUGUAUCAGAUGUUCUAAACAAUAUCCAGGAUCUAAGUGAUCUCACACGUGAGAAGUGGCAGAAGCUAAUCACCAUGGAAAGCCGCCUUACGAAGAUGUACAAGAGCUGGGACUCACGUCUUCAGUUCAAUGUCACCAAUUUCAAGACCUACCUAAGCGCCGGUCAGGGCACUACGUUCAUCUUGCUACAUUUCUGGUUUCAUGCUUUGUUCAUUGUUCUCCAUCAACCAACUUUGUUGACCCCGUUCGGCGAGCUUCGAAGCGAGCUUCAGCUGUUGCCUGACAGCCGUGAGCUCAGCAUGAGCAGUGCAAAGACGAUAUGUGAUAUCCUCGCUUUUGCAGAUCUAAUAGACCCCCACAGCUUCAUUGGCAAUCCGUUUACAAGCCAGCCGAUCUACAUUGCUGCUUGUGCGUUCUUGAUGGAGUCGAGCGCUUCCGCUUCAGAGGACCCGUCCCGAGAAGGUUCACCGCGGCUCAAAGAGCGAUCGCUGCCGUCAAACGCCAACCACGUCAACCAUGGUAAUAAUGGAAAGCAAAAGUCGCGACACUCUUUGUUGGCAUCGGCGGCAAAUCAAAACUACCAGCAAUGUUAUAGAUCAUUAGAGCAUCUCCAGACGUACUGGGGCGGAGUGAAAUAUAUCCUCACGGCGUUGGAUCAGAAAUCCAAGGGAAUUUGGGACUGCGAAACAUUUACUUCAGAAGAAUAUGAAAGCACAAGGAUGGCACGGACUGAGGCCAUCAAUGGCCACCUCAGAUUCGAUGCUCCCACAUCUUCCCCAACAGUACCAGGUCCCCCCAUCGCGUGGAGCCUGGCAGGCACGGCCAAUUCACCCAGUUCGAGCUUGACACUGAUGUACCAGAAAUCGAACACAAACCCUGCUGGCCGUGAGAUAAUAUCCCCACAGCGGCAGAAAUCAGGCAACAAACCGAUUGGCAAUCCAAUGGAUGCCUCAAUGAGGCAGUCGGUCCAUGCAGCCACAGGCAUGUUCCCGCCCCCGAUACUCCAGGCCACCCCGUCGGCGGCCAAGGGCUCCCCUGAUCAGCAACAGGCUUCUCACCCCGCAAGGCCGAGCCAACGUGGUCAGACUGUGGUCAAAUUCGAAGGCUUGUCAGGCGAGACUGAGGCGGACAAUAUGUACCCAUCACACCACUUCGCAGCCUCGAGUCAAGCACAGCAGUCAAGCAGCAUGGAAGCAUACAACACCUCACCACCGAACACGAUGGCAGAUGGAAACCAUGCGGCAAAUCACGGUAGUACCACCGGCAGCAUAUACUAUAGCCAAGGCAUGCCGUAUCAUCCAGGCUGGGGCACCACUACAGGGAACAUGGAUGCAUUCACAUUCGACAGUCAGGACAUUGACAUCGGUGCCUUGGGCCUUGAACAGCCGGGUCUGAUGGGAGCCUGGCUAGACUAUAUCCCACCAGACGAUGUGUUGGGCUUGUUCGAACAUCACGAUAUGGGGCACGGCGGCCAAGGAGGACCACCUCCAGGGGGUCCAUAA